CUCUAGCUCAAUUGCAGCAAGUCUGCUUACUGUACUCCGCCCUCCGCGAGCGAUCUGCUGACGCUCUGCAGGCCGUCCGUCGUUGCCCAGUAGUGGCAGAUGUUGGGCAACGCGGCGUCCCCUGUUGCGUUGAUCGCAAUUCUUUUUUCCCAUGGGCUUGCGCGACACGUAGUCCCGAGCGAUCGCCACGGCGCUGUCUCCCGCGCCCGCGACGUGGCCAAGCCAUCAUGGCAGCAGAUGGGAUCCGUCCGCGCCCACGACAUCCUUUCCGCAACAUGGCAGCAGAUAGGGUCCGACUUAGACGGAGAUGUUGCGGUCGGUCAUGCCUCCGUUUCCAUGAGCGCCGACGGCAGCCGCGUCGCCAUGGGUGCACCGGAAGCAGCUGAAGGCGUUGGCCGCGUCCGCGUCUAUGAUUGGGCAGGGGGGGCGUGGGUGCAAGUCGGGCCCGACCUCAAUGGGAACGCUAUUGGUGACGGGUUUGGAAUGGCUGUGGCCCUCAGUGCCGACGGCAGUCGCCUCGCCACUGCUCACCUCCUCGGGCAACGCCCGCGUCUAUGAAUCGGCAGGGGGGGCGUGGCAGCAGGUUGGAUCCGAUAUCUCCGGAGCAGCAGGCGCAGGAGGCUAUCAAUUCUCUCUUAGCGCCGACGGCGGUCGCGUUGCCAUGGGUGAUACGAACGGCAUGAUGCGCGUUUUUGGGUGGGCGUCAGGCACGUGGCAGCAGAUGGGGGCUGACAUCUACAUCUACGGAGGAUUUGCUGUCGCGCCGGCCUUCAACGCUGACGGCAGCCGCGUCGCAGCCGGAGCACCUUAUUGCAGUACAGGAGGCUUCAGAUUUGGCUGCGUCCGCGUCUACGACUGGGUUGGGGGUGCGUGGCAGAAGGUGGGGUCCGACAUCACCGGGACACAACUCAACGAGAGGACGGGCGUGUCAGUGUCCCUCAGCGCAAACGGCAGUCGCGUCGCCGUCCCUGGGUAUUACUACGACGACAGCCGCGGCCGCGUCCGCGUCUUUGAUUGGGAAGGAGAUGCGUGGGUACAGGCGGGAUCCGCUGUCGCCGGGGACGCUUCUUGGGAUCAAUUUGGCCUGGCUGUCUCACUGAGCGCAGAUGGCACCCGCCUCGCCGUUGGUGCCUUCCCGCAACAGCAUCGCAGCCAACGAAGUAGGUACGUCCGCAUCUACGACUGGGCAGACAAUGCGUGGCAGCAGGUGGAAAGCUUCUCUAAUGUCGGCAGCUCUGUGUCCCUCAGCUCCGACGGCACAAGCCUCGCCGUUGGUACACCAGGGUGGGCGCCGAUCGUCAGGGUCGUCCGCAUCUACGGCUUGGCGGGUGAUGCAAAGCGCUUCGCGCUUUACCGCUCGCACAGUCUGUUCCCAGACAGGACCGACGGUAGCCCCACGGCGCGGCGAACCAAUGCCGAGACCUAGCGUGUGUUGGAGUGUGGUCUGAGUAGAUCCCAAAUUCUGUAGCAUACGAUCGCUCUUGCCUGGACAUAGACAACGAUGCCCAGGCGACUCAACCUGAUCAUGGAAAUGGGAAAGUGCUCAUGACGCUUCGCGUUUUUCCUCCUGCGCACAAACUCGAGAGCUGCCCCAAGACUGGACGAAGACAUCCCCGAACUUAGCGCUCCAACUCCUUACUGCCACUCAUCCGUGAAACGCUCAGGCCUUUUCCAGUACCCCCUCGCAAUAUUCACGCGUUCGCGUCAAGCUGUCGCGUGGGCUUACCUGUCCUGCCGGGGUCUAUCCCGCCUCGCGUUGGCGUGGUCCAGAUCGCGCCUUGCGAUCCCCGUCGCGAGGGGUCGGCUGAUCCGACUCCGUCUCCGACCCCGUCUUCAGUCCAGGGUACCGGCGACCCACAUUUGGUCAACAUAUACGGGGAGCAUUUCGACAUCUACCAGCCUGGCGCAUAUGUGCUCCUCCAGGUACCACGGGGCGCGUCGCUUGACGCCACGAGGCUGCUCGUCAAGGCGAGCGUAGAGCAGCUUGGGGCCGCUUGCGGGGAGAUGCAUUCAGAAGGUCAACAUCUCGGGCGUCUGGACGCGCCACCGAGCGUCGGGCCUCGCUUGGACCGUGGACUCCAUCGGGCCAGGCCACGCCAAGUGGAGCACCUUUCACAGCAUACACGUGAAGGUGGUCCGCGGGCAUACCCUGGCUGGCACGAGGUAUUUGAAUGUCUUCGUGCGGGGACUUGACAAGGCCAAGUUUGCAAUCGGGGGCCUCCUCGGAGAGGACGACCACACCGCUGCGAGCACGCGCAGCACCGACUGCAAGAAGACCGUGUCCUUGCUAGAACCAGCUUUGCCUUCUCAGCGGCAGUUUUGACCAGGCCUCUUGACCAACGCCUCGUCGUGCUUGCACAUCUCUUGACACUGAGGGGUGAACCCGCAUGACUCGUUCCAGCGCUCAGGUAGUCCAGCGCUCAGGUAGUAACAUUUUCCAGCUCUCCCCGUCGGCCAUACAGCGCGCUCCCAUGAUUAUCGGGACUUUCGAUCCGCAGCUGCUCGCACGGUGCUGCAUGUACAUUAGCUUUGACCUUUUUCGAGCACAAUAAAAAGCGAAAGCAGCCAUAACCCCAAACGCUCGGUCUAGGCUUGUACGUCCAGCGCUGUUGCAAAAACCUCCCUCCCUCAUCUUUCUGAAGCUAUCCCAGUGGUCUGUCCGAU